ACAGUAUCCUUUCAAUCCCAAUUUUUUUUUUUGUUUUUGGGUUCAGUCUCCCGAUCAAACGCUGGCUGCCAACAAUUUCUUCCACUUUUUGCCUGAUUUUUACAUUUUCCACUUUUUUUCCUGAUUUUUACAUUUUCAAGGGAAAGAUUGACAAGAAUUUGCACCCAUUUCAAUUCCUCGUUGAAACUGGUAUUCCCACAGCCACAAAGAAACACAGUUUCUAAGAAACUGAAACAACGGAAAAUCUGUGCUGCUCAGCUCUUACAGUGAAUAAGUUGGCCUUAAAGAGUGGGAACAACCCGAGGCUCACUCAGGGAGUUGCACUCAUUUCAACAAAUCUGGCUGAAGUUGCAAAACUCUGAUCGGAGGUUUACAUUUACAAACAAAAGAAAUGCAAGUUCAAAAACUUUCACUCCCAAGUUACACCCUAAGUCCACCCAAUGGCUCACUAUCUCAGCAACUUUCCACUAAGCUUUUGAGGUUGAAUCCAAGUCCCAAAUCGGGUUUUUGCAGUUCCUUCAAAAGGGUGUCGAAAUCACCAACUGGUUUAAGAACCCAUGGUAAGUUUGUUGGGGUCACGUGUGGAGUGGCACAACAAGAGGAUACAGAUGAUGGGUUCUACAUGAGGAGGUGUGUGGAGCUUGCAAGAACGGCUAUCGGGUGCACCAGCCCCAAUCCUAUGGUGGGUUGUGUUAUUGUCAAGGAUGGCAAGGUUGUUGGUGAAGGCUUUCACCCAAAAGCUGGCCAGCCGCAUGCUGAGGUCUUUGCUCUGAGAGAUGCUGGGGAUUUGGCUGAGAAUGCAACAGCAUAUGUGAGCUUGGAACCAUGUAAUCAUUAUGGGAGAACUCCACCAUGCAGUGAAGCACUAAUCAAAGCCAAAGUGAAAAGAGUGGUGGUCGGAAUGGUGGAUCCAAAUCCAAUUGUAGCAUCAAGGGGAUUGGAUAGAUUAAGAGAUGCAGGAAUUGAUGUUGCCACGUGCGUAGAGGAAGAAUUAUGCAGGAGGCUAAAUGAGGCGUAUAUCCAUCGUAUGCUAACGGGGAAUCCUUUCGUCACUAUCAGAUACUCGAUCUCAGUCAAUGGACGCUUUCUGGAUCAGCUUGGGGAAGGAGCUGCCACGUCUGGUGGUUACUAUUCGCAAUUGUUACAGGAAUAUGAUGCAGUUAUUCUUUCUCCUUCCUCAAUAAUGGAGAACGUCUCUAUUCCCGCAUCCAAAGAAGCUGGAGCCAAUCAACCACUUCGGAUUAUAAUUGCUAGGAAUAUUAGUUCUCCAAUCAAAAUCUCUGCUCUCACAGUGGAACCCACAGAUAAGCUAAUAGUCUUUGCAGACAAGGAGACAUCGGUAGAACUAGAGAGAGCUCAAACAGGUAUCGAAACAGUGGUGUUUGAUCAAAUAAGCUUAAAUGCUAUUUUGGAAUACUGUAACUCUCAAGGAAUGUGUAGUGUUUUGUUCGUUAAAGGAAAUGUUAGUGAUUUUGAAGAGUUUCUCCAAGAUGGUAUUGAGCAGAAUUUGCUGCAAAAAAUUGUGGUAGAAGUAUUGCCACUGUGGGAUGAAAAUGAUGUCCGAAACUUUCCUGUUGCAUUGAAGGAUCUGGGCAAAAGACUGAAAGUGGAGAAUUUGCAGCCUAAGAUUUCCAAUGAGAGUGUUGUGCUUGAGGGAUAUCUGUAAUGUCAGUGACUAGAACACAAAAAGAGAUUUGACAUGAUCAUUUUCGUGCCGAUGCUGAAGAGAAAUACAAGGAUUUUACAAUAUUCGGGAAGAGGGUACGGACAGAGGCCAAGUUCGUUUACGAUCUCCAGUCUCUAGAGCGUAGGGAGUUGCUAUUUUUCGUUAUGUUGUUUACCUGCAUAUUGAGGGCUGCCAUAGCCAAGAAUGAAGGGAAAUGGUUUUGUAAGUUUGUAUUGGAAUCCAUGUGUUAAAUGAUUAAUAAGCCCAAAUUUACUA